AAAAAUGAAAAGUCCUCCGUCGCUAUACGCAAUUUGUGUCAAAGCAGCUGUCAAAGAUUGUGUUACAGUUUGUAAAUUUUGCAAAAAAGAGUUCAGAUCUUUGCCUGAUAAUGUCCUCUUUGAUUUUUAUUACACAAUGUUCACUGAAAAGCGGGCGUGCCUUCUCGCCGUCGAAUUCAGUGAACUGGAAGUCUUUAUUCGAAUGCUUAACGUUAAACACAAACGCGUCAAGUUGCUGAAGAGUUUUCAAGGCUUAAUUAAUCACGGAUCGAACGUUCCUGACGAACUAAUCCAGGACUUUUCAAAUUACUUGCAAAAGGAGCCCUUGCGGGCGAUAAGUGUAGGCAUACACGUGGGCAGCUUCUUCAACGAAGGGGGCUGGUAUGACUACAGCAUUAAGAUACUGACACUAACAGAGGACUUGUGCAAGGAACAGGACGAAAGCGUCGAGAUCCUGAAGAAAUGCCUCGAGUGCUAUCACAAGCGAAUUUACGCGGAGACCAUUUACUGCGAGUUCAAAGCGGCCGAAAACACGUUCAAUUCCGCGCAAAAAGUAAUAAAACAGUUGGAAAAAUUGGACGCUUUACCUAAUCUAGCUGGCCUCUAUGCGAAUUUCUCAACGCUGUACUUUCAUCGUAGCGAAUAUGAUGAGUCGUUUGCGUGGUCUAAAAAAGCACUAGUCUUACUUAAUAACAAACUUCCCUCAAGAAUCAUCAUUGAGGUGCUGAGACAGGCGUCAAGAGCUUGCGUCGUCAAACGGCGCUUCAAUCAAGCGGGCCUUCUGAUAAGACAAGCGGUUAACUUGGCGCAAGAAAUUUACGAGCGUGACGGCCACCCCCAUUUCUCGGACACGCUGCUUGAUUACGGCUUUUAUUUACUCAAUUUUGACUCAAUCCAAGAGAGCGUCAAGGUGUACGAACGGUCUCUGCAAAUCAGAAUGGACGUUUUCGAGAAAAAUAAUAUACACCUGGCUCUCGCACACGAAGACAUGGCCUACGCUCUCUACGUCAACGAGUACAGCUCGGGGAGGUUCUAUGCCGCAAGGGAAAAUGCGGACCGUUCGAUUCGCCUCAUGGAGCGCAUUCUCCCCAACAACCACUUAAUGCUGGCGUCGGCCAAGCGCGUAAAGGCGCUCAUUCUCGAAGAAAUAGCGUUGGAUAUGCGCGAGGGCAACAACUCGCAUUUGCAGGAGAAAUACCUGAAUGAGGCUGAAGAGCUGCACCGGACGGCGUUAGAACUGUCUGGCAAAGCCUUCGGCGAGAAAAACGUCCAAACGGCGAAGCAUUACGGCAACUUGGGGCGCUUAUACCAAAGUAUGCGCCAGUACGAGCAAGCGGAGAAAAUGCACUUGAAGGCGAUUGCCAUUAAGGAAGAGUUGCUCGGAAGCGCCGAUUACGAGGUGGGGCUCAGUAUCGGGCACCUGGCCUCGCUGUACAACUACCACAUGAAGCGCCACCACGACGCCGAAAAGCUGUACAUGCGCUCGAUGGAGAUAAACCUGAAUUUGUUCGGGGAGACGUAUUCAGGUUUGGAGUACGAUUAUCGGGGCUUGAUCAACGUUUACUCGAAACUGUGUGAUCAGUCCAACGUUGUUUUAUAUACUUUGAAAAUGCGCGACUGGAGUUUGCUGCGGGCGCAGAGCAAACCGCCGGCUCAUGUUGAAGAAAUUUUACCGCUCAAGGAAAUUAUCGAAAAGUUCUCGCGUAUGUGCUGAAGUCUAGUCACUAGUGUAAACGAAAUUAAACAAUGCUGCCAAUCUGUUACUAUUGUCCCAUUUUUUUUAUUGUUAUGUUUUUAUUUUUGCGACUCGGCAGAAUUCGCUGCUUUAAAAAUCUGUGAUAUAACUAGGACAUUCCCGACGUGAAUCUCACACUAAACGCAUCGUGGUUUUUCAGUUGCAUUACUACUUUUGACGUGCUUUUAUUUCCAGUAUUAAGUUUUGAUCGGUGUUUUUAAUCUUGGGACAUGUUACUUCCGUAAGAGCAAAAUAUAAGGCUAAUUGUAGAUGGGGGGCGUAGCCACAGGCAGUUGAACACGUGGAUGAUUGUUAUUGGGUGAUAUCGCACGCCGCCUCCUUGAUUGUAAAGCUAUGUUAGUGUCGCAUUAUUAUAUGACUUAGAAUUAACUCAUCAUUGAUUCUCAUAUUAAUCAUAUUUUUAUUUUGUUAUUAGAUUGUGAUUCAUAUUUUUUACAACUAAUUUUAGGAGUUAUAUCCUUUUGUUACGCAACAAUUAUAUCGCCAUUUUAUCCCUUA